CUGCGCGACCCCGCGAUAGUGUUUUGCGAAAACCACGAGUUUUCCCAUCGUUUCGCUAUAAGUGUUCUAUAAUAUAACAUCAUAUCGCGAAUUCAUCUUGCUACGUAGUUGAAGACGCCGGUUGUCUGUUUAAUACGUAAAAAACGCGCGUCGCUACGUCUCUUUGACAAACUUAGUCUUAAGAUCUAGGUUAAUCUUUUUGUUUUUUUUUUUUGUUAUUUUUAAUAUAAUUAAAUAAUUAAUAAUUAUUUUUAUUACGGUUUUAAAUAUUUAUUUAGUGUACAUAAAACGUAAGGUUAGGUAUUUGUAAGCGCCAUUUUGUUGUGCCGCGUCACUCGCCUCGCCGCGCUUUCGUAAUGGUGAGCAAGGAGGUUAUGAGCGAAGUGACCAAGAAGGGUCGGAGGAGGAGACGUAGGGCCGGCAGCCGUGCGUCCAAACGUCGUGCGAGGAAGUUGGCCGCGAUGGCGGUUGCGACGCCGGUGGAGAAAUCGUCGCCGGUCAAAUGUGCCGUGCACGCAUUCCUAUUGAGGUAUCAGAGCGCGUUGAGGAAGGUCCCGAUGCAACUACCGCCGAAGGUUCAUGCCGGUCCUCCGUCGAAGAGGGUGAAACGCGUUUCGUGGCGUCAUGAGGAUAGCGGGGCUUCGGGGGGCGGCGGCGACCCCGCGGUGCUGGCGGUCGGUCCCGCACGUCGCCUGCUCACUUACACUCGAGAUGAGCUCAUGCGCCUGCGCAACUCGCCGCUCGUCAGGCGCGGGCUCGAGAACGCGUUCGCGGGCAACGAGACACUUGCCCUCGUUCUAAAAAGACGUUCCGAUUCACCGAAUGAGGAAGAUAAAGGGGGAAGAGGAGAUGCACCGACGGAGAAUCAUAAAGGCGCGUACGGGCGCGACCGCGAGCGGCGCUCGGCCGACCCGCGCGAGCGCGUGCGCAAGGAGAGCGAGCCGAGCAGCGGCAUCGUGCUGUCGCCGCAGCGGCGCUCGUUCACGUCGGGCUGCGGCGCGCCCGCCGCCGCCGCGCCGCCGCCGCACCUCGCGCGCACGCGCCCCGACUCGCCGCUCGGCGCCGCCGCGCAGCCGCUGCCGCCCAAGACGGAGCAGGCGGGGCGGCGCAUCGGCUCGGGGCGCAUCAUGGUGCGCGACGUGCCCAGCGCCGCGUGGGAGGAGGGCGAGCCGCCGCGCGCCGAGCCCUACCGCCCGCCGCCCGAGCGCCGCGCCAACGGCGACCAGCGGUAUGACCGACGCUCGUUCAACCGAGACUCCUACUCCUCUGACAUCAAGAGGGAAAGGGACGAUCGAUUCAACAACGAAAAACAACGAGAUAGAGAGGACAAUCGUAGAGGUGGUCGCUUCUCUCAACGACGGUUUGAGAAGGAAGAUGAACCAGAAUGGUUUAGUGGAGGACCGACGUCUCAGCUGGAAACGAUAGAGUUGCGUGGCUUCGACGAGCCCAUCAAGAAGAACGGUUCGAACAACAAGGAGAAUGAGAAGUGGUCGGGCGGUUCACGUGCGGAACCCUCUACGCCGCCACUCGAAGCGGCGCAGACGCUUAACAACAGCAAUGAUAAGGACUCCGGCGUUGAGAGCAAGAGUGAAGACCAGACGCAGCCCGAUCAGCCUGAAUUCAACCUCGAUGAGUUCCUCAAGUUCGAUUCUAUACCGGAAGUACUUACCAAUUGUCCCCAGAACGGCGGCAGCGAGACGGAGGGCAGCCGCUUCAGCCGCUGGUUCCGCCGCGACAGCCCGCCCGCGCUGGCCGCCGACCGCCACUACGAGCGCCUCAUGCACAACAUGGUGGACGAUCUCGACAGUUCAACCCACGAGCAGCCUCCCGUGCCGGAGCCGCAGCCCGCGUAUCCCCCUGUGGGCGCCCGCGGGAACCCCCCUAACGCGCCUGCGCCCUCGCUACUCGAUAUGCUGAGGCGGGCCAGUGCGGAUACUGAACAGAGAGCCGAACUAAACUCAGGGGGCGGUAAGAUCCACAGCCUGGAGGAGUUGGAGUCCCGCCUCAGGCCGCAGCCCGCCGCCGUGCACGACCACGACCUGUCCGCCUUCAAGCGACUCUUGGCGCAGGUGUCGGGCGGACACGCCGUGACGGCCGAGCCGCCGCGCCCGCAGCCGCCGCCGCAGCCCAUGAGCUUGCUGCAGAUGCUUAGCAAGAGUAUGGAGCAACAACAGCAACAACAACAGCACCAACACCAGCAGCAACAACAUCAACAGCAACAGCAGCAGCAGCAGCAACAGAAAGCGCCGCACAUUCCUCAGGAGCUCCUAUACAAGCUCCUGCAGGUGCAGCAGCGUCAGCAGCAGACGGGCGAGUGGGCGCCGACCGCGGACCGAGAGUUGUUGCAGCGGCCCGAGGCGCAGGCCAUCAUACACGGUCUGAAAGCUGGCGAGAUAACGGUGCAGCAUCUAAUGCAGCAGCUCGGCAAUCCCGGCCUACAGAGUCGCCAUCGCGAGCUCUUGCUUACCAUCCUGCGCACGCAUCAACAACGACAACAAAUGGGCGGAUCCCCGCUGCCGCCGCACCUGGUGGUGCCGCCACCACAUCACCAGCCGUUGAGACUGUCGCCGCUACCACACUCUGGAGGAGGGGAGGAAAGAUAUAACUCAGGCGUGCCCGCACGGAUACCGUCACCGCGUGAGUUAGCCGCACACACGCAGUCCAUAAUGCAGGGCGCGCUCAUAAAGAAGAAGCUGGAAGAGCAGAGAGAGAACUACCGUAGGCGGCACGAGAUGCAACAACAGCAGCCGAAACAACCUACACCCAUCUCUUUCACUCCGACAUCUGUGCUGCGCAAGAUGACGGCGGAGAAGGAGGAGGCGGGCAGCCCCAAGUCGUGGGCGGCGGGCGCGCCCGGGCUGGCGCACGCGCACGCGCACGCGCACGCACAGGCGCUCGCCAAGCCGCACGGCCGCCCCAUCGUCAAGGGUAACCAGAGUGGAACAGCGCCUAUGGGCUAUGCGCCCGCGCAGCCGGACUACCAGCAACAUUAUCUCAAUUUACAACAACAACAGAUGGCGAAUGCGAAUCGAGCGUUCCCGCACCAGCAGCAACAAAGACAACAGGUACCGAAUUCCUUGAACGGUAUGGGCGGCGUUUCACGCGGUGGCACCACCCUGCACCAGCUGCUCGUGCAGUCCCACCAGAGGACGCUCAACGAGAUGAGCGGCAGCGGCGACAACCAGCUGGCGCGCUGGUUCUCCCCCGAGCUGCUGGCGCGCGCGUCGGCCGGCAAGCUGCCGUCCGUGCACGUGCCCAACGCGCUGUCGCUGGAGGACCUCGAGCGGCACCACCACUCGCCCGCGCCGCCCGUGCGCAACUGAGCCCCCCCCCCCCCAGACAGGCCGGCCUCAGGGCUAAUUUUGUAGAUAUUCGAAAUUUUUUUUUGGUCAAUAUGUAAUACUUCCCGAACGGCGCCGACAACAUCCCGACGUGUCGGUGUAAAUUGAAAAGUGUAGACGAGAGACGUGGUUUCGUUUACGAUGAUUAUAAGUUUCUAGCGGUUUAUUAUCUCGUUUAAAAACAUACGGUCUUAAACCGACAAUUGUCGAGGGUUUGCCGAGGAAAUGACGAAAUCGAUGGUUAUAUAACAUUGUUUAAAUGUAAACUUUGAAUACAAGAGACGUAAUAAUCGCUAUAAAAUCCUACGUGAGUUCUUCCGUUUAAAAUUUAUUUUGUAACUUAUUAAUAUUAGCCUUAUCCUACAAAAACACAUACAAUAAUGUUAAUAUACAAUGUCUGUGAAUAUCAAUUAAACAACUCGUGAGUUGCAAAGAGCUAAAUCUAAAUACAUGCAUAAGUUUUUAUUGUCAUUGUAUACAUACAUCUAAUAAAGUUCUCUCUCAAAGUCUAGUCUCAAUAUGUUAAAGUCAUUGUUGCAGUGAAAAUCUUGUACAGCAGAAAUUAUCGCUUGAUUUAGUUUAGUUGAGCAGAAUAUUUCAUUACACAUAUUCGAGAUGAACGUUCGUCUUGUGAAAAAAUUGUUUCAUUUUGAUUAUAGUUUUAACAAUACCAAUCGAAAAGUCCCAGUAAAAUGACGCAUUAAAUGGAACUGUUUUUCUAUCCUUAUUUUGUAAAUGACGUCACGUGCGAUCUCAAGGUUUUCACAGCAGGAAGACAAAAAAUUGACUGUGGGGUAUGUCUCGCAAUGACGCCCAAAUGUUUAUGAUCGAGGCUCUACAAAUAUAUAUAAAAUACUGCGUAUACUUUUUUUUUAAUAUUUAUUAGAUAUCCCUGUUUAAAGCAAAAAAACGAAUAUUUUAUUGACUUUUUUUUUAAAACUAAUAUCUACCGAAAUUAAUGUACAUUACAUCCUAAUGCUCCCAAAAGAAGAACAGAUGCAAUACGAUAAUCCUUCGUAGCGUUUGUCGUUUAAUUUCAUUAAUAAAAGUUAAAUAUUAUUUUGCUCUACCCGAUGAGGCUAGAAUAGUAGACGUUGAAUCCAUACACUGCCAUUUUAUUUAUUUAUUUCUCUGUAUAAGUUUUUUUUUUCAUAAUAAAAUUUAAUAAAUGUAAACAUAAGUAACUAGGAACGCAAGCAUUUGAUAUAUAGUUUGUAUAUAUAAACAAAACCAGUGUUAUUAUGCAACAAAGAGUUCAACACGAAUUGAUAAAUUUGUGAUACCAUUGUGAUGAAGUUUACAAUGUUGAAGCAAUAAAUACGCAUUUAAAACAUAUAACGUCGAGUGUAAACAUAGUGUUGUAGCCUGGGGUUUUACAAAUAUAGUAUUUUUGAAAAUGAAAACAUCGUCGAUUGAAUAAAUAAAUAAACCCUUUGCUUCAGUACUGUGUAAAUAAAAAAUGAACAAUUUUCCAGGCGAUUGUGAAAUUUACACAUUAUAUAAUAUUGUAUUCUGUCUAAGGGUGAUGUUAUAUCGAUAAACUAAAGGUUGUAGCUGCGUGCAGGGAUCAAAGUUUGGUGUAAUAAGUUUUAGUCGAUAAAAAAAGUAGUUUAGAUUUUUGUCUUUUCGAUUCGGCUGUCGUGAUUUACGUUCGACCCUGUAUCAGCUCCCUACCGGACUUGACUGUGCAGGGGGUCGAGACACGAUCCACCCUCUGGUCUACGACUGAGACAUACAAACACGACGAGGUUGCUGAGGACGUUGAGUGUGUGCGUGCGUGCGUGCGUGUGUGCGUGCGAGGCUACGUGUACGUAUGCGUGUACGUCUGACCUUUGUGUUUGUGACGCAUUUUUGUUACUACGUCAUUUUCGCGAGGAGGAAGUUUUACGUUAGAUAUUGUAGAUAUUGUCAUUUUCAAUUAUACAUUGUGAGAUGGAUGUUCUCGGCUGAUCUCCGAAGUUUACGAUCGCGAAUUUGUUAAGUAUUUUUUGGAAUUCGCACAAGUGAAACGCAUUUGUGUUAGAUGUUCCCAUGUUUUUUUUUUUAAAUAUAUUUCGAUAUCCCGAUUCAAUCGACGACCCUCUUCCCAUCGAGACAUGAGCUGAGUUUUGUCAAUUUAUUUCAAUAUACACUACGGACAAUAGAGUAGAUUUCUGCCGUCCAAUAUUUAAAAAGAAAAUCAGCUCAUGAGUUUGGAACGAUAUCGACCGACCGUACCCUUCGCCUGAUGCCUUUAUUUGAACAAUCGACUCUUUUAAGUAACGAAAUGGAAGCGUAGGUUUUUUUUGACGUUUUAUUGGAAGGAUCUGAUAGGCCGAGCGGCAAUCAUGUCUAACGAUUUGAUAUGUGAUGUUUAUAUGGAGGCGCGCGCAUGAGAUGCCGCGCUGGAUUCGGUUCUAAUUUAGAGGACAUAGUGGUGAAAUUUCUGUUUUUCGGAACGCGACCUGUAUUAUGUUUUGGGCGCACACUGCGGUAAUGCGCUGACGUAUUACAAAAGAAAAUGUCUCCUGUCAGCUUUAAAUUAUUGAUUAAAGAAAAUUUGAAAGUU